AGGAUUAACGAACACUCGACCGGACCGGGAUCCCGAAAAAAAAGCCGGUGAUGAUCUUCUGAACGUCGAUGCAGUGCCGAGCACAACGUUACCAAACGUUUUCAUAUCGAGAUCGACGACACAGACAUAAAAGAUGGAGGAUAGGGGUGGUGAGAUGUUUCUGGUGGCGGUUAUUUUUCUUGGGCUGUGCUGGUCCGCAGUCAUGCUGCGGGUUUACUGUCGGGCCUGUGUGAUAAGAUCUCUGGGCAUCGAUGACCAGAUUAUGAUUUUGACUCUGGUCAUAUUCACCUGUUACCUGGGGGUGCAAAUCCAAGCAGUUCAUUAUGGCGCUGGUCGACACAAGAUCGAUCUUGAUCCGGAAAACUAUUCCAGAGCCUUGGAGCUCAUGUAUGUGUCGCAAAUUCUAUACAUUGCGAGUACGUGCAUACUCAAAAUGUCGGUCGGCUUCUUUCUCUUGCGAAUCUCGAUCAAGUCUGGUCACGUCUGGGCUGUGCGGAUACUCAUGCUGGUCAGUCUGCUGUUUGGAGUCAGCUAUCUCAUGGUCGUUGCCAUGCAGUGCCUACCAGUCGCAGUCUUCUGGGAGAUCUCGCCUCGCGAUCCAUACCAGUGUCUACCCCAGAACGUGCUCCUAGUCUUGACAUACUGCGGCUCGGUCAUCAACGGCCUGACGGAUUGGGGAUUUGGCAUCCUGCCAUUCUUCAUCGUCUGGUCCCUUAGCUUGCCACUAAAAUCUCGCAUCAUGGUGAUCACGAUCCUCUCGUUUGCCAUGGUUGGAUGUUCGGCAACAAUCGUGCGCGCGCGUUACAUCCCGCGUAUGUUGGACGCAGAUGACUUUUUGUUCGCCACGGCCGACGUGGCAAUCUGGUCGACGGUUGAGCCCGGCAUCGGCAUCACGGCCGCGUCCAUCGCCACGUUGCGCCCACUGUGGGAGCUCGCCUGCUUCCGCUUGGGAUUAAGGUCGGAAGGACCCCGGACGACACUCUGGAUGGACAAGCUGCCCGAUGAUAAAACCGGGGGACCCGAGGCUGAGUCUGGAGGGAAAAUUGCCGACAACAAGCUGUCGAUUUGUUCGGGCGGCCAGGGCGAGCGUGGCGAUAAGUUGGUAGUCAAGGUUGACGCGGCGUCUUCUAUCCACUCGGACUCCAAGGACAAGAGCAGCGCCUCCUCCAACAAGAAUUACACUCAUUACGUAUCCUCUUCAUCAAACGACGGCAGCGACGAUGCAAACGUGCCUGAUACGGGCAAAGAAAAGAACCCCAAGGACAAGGAUUCGGAGGGCAAGCGGAAGCGCUUCCUUUUUGGGUCCCCCUCCAUGGUCGGGUUGCAGGUUGUGCCGCAGGGCGUCAUGUUGGACACGGCCAUUCACCCGCACCGCAAGAGCAUGGCCGCGAAAAGCUAUAGCGCCCAAAUGGAUGAUGUGUAUGAGGAUAUCGUUCAUCAGAUGAGCGACGCCUUUUCCAGGCCGGGCUCGCGCGUUUCGCGCGACCCGCUCACUUUGAGUACCGCCCAGACCCAAGAUGAUGACGAUGGCGACGCCGAAUCCACCUACUCGGACACGCCCAGGCUGGACUGGAAAACUCCUCGAAUCUCGCGAUUCUCUUUGGGCAGCUACUGGGCCGGACGGAUCAGUUACUGGGGAGGCGGCCGUGGCAGGCUGAGCAGGAUCGACAGCAUCGGGGCCCCGCUGCAGAGGCGCGGCACGCAGCGGUCGCAGCGUUCACAGAGAUCUCAGAGAUCUCAGAGGUCGCUGCGAUCGCGAAACACUCUGAACCGCGAAAACAGCCACAGCAGCCGACACCUGAAGCCCGGGCGGCUGCCCAGCUGGACCAGCAGUAGGCGGUCCGCGGCGAGCAUCACUACAGGCCCGCUGCCGCCGAUCGAACCGGUACCGGAGAUGCCGCUUCGCUUCUUGAAAAAGACGGAGAGCAGUAAAGAUGAUGGCGAUGAUGGUGGCGGAGGUGGUGGUGGCGCUAGGGGCAGCGGCAAGGUUUGA